UACAAACAUACCGCCUAGGACUGAUAAAACAAAUUUACAUUUACCCCCCUUAAAAAACCUAAAAAGCUCUCUUUUCUCCCGUUCGUGUCUGUCAUGGCCUUCGCCCAGCGCUCCUACGAACCCAAGCCACCACUCCACUCGCCAGUGCCCACCACCCAUCCUCCACCGCCGCACGCCGGAGCUCUCGAUUCCUCGUCUUUCCCCCCGCCGCCUUCUUACGACUCCCGAUACAUUCACCACCACCAUCAAACGGCGGCCGUGGCACCGCCGUUGGUCCACCCGAACCCACAGCAGCAGAGAAUCCACACGCUCUUUGUCUCCGGGCUUCCUGAUGAUGUUAAGCCGCGUGAGAUCCACAACCUCUUCUGCCGUCGCCCCGGGUUCGAUCAUUGCCUCCUUGAAUACACCGGCCGUGGGAAUCAGGUUGUUGCAUUUGCUACUUUUUCUAAUCACCAAUCCGCCAUGGCUGCAAUGAACACAUUAAAUGGAGUGAUAUUUGACCCUCAGACUGGUGCUACUUUGCAUAUAGAGUUGGCCAGAUCAAAUUCACGCACAAAACGGCCACGAGGAGGUGGAGCUUAUGUUGUAAUCGAUAAACGAGCUAAAGUGUCAAACGAUGACCAUGAGACUUUAAGUGAUGAUGAGGAUGGUCAAUCUGAUGAAGCACCAGGCUCUUUUAAUGAUGAUAUUUAUGACAAUGCAGCUUCAACUACUGCAGAGAGUGGUGAGAUGGCUGUUAGCACAGUUCACGCUGAAGGUACAUCAAAUGAGCAACUCGAAAGGCCCAUUUCAAGUGAUAUUCCACCUUGCUCUACUUUGUUCAUUGCGAACCUUGGUCCAACAUGCACGGAAGAUGAACUAAAGGAUGCUUUGUCCAAAUUUCCUGGUUUCCAUACUCUUAAGAUGCGUGGCAAGGGUGGCAUGCCAGUUGCUUUUGCUGAUUUUGAGGAUGUUGAAUCAUCGACAGAAGCCAUGAACAGUCUUCAAGGCGUAUUGUUAGAAUCUUCCGAUCGUGGUGGCUUGCAUUUGGAAUAUGCAAGAUCAAAAAUGAGGAAAGGCUAGCAUCAGCCAUGAUCAUGAUGAACAUCGUUCGACCAACAGUUACACACACAACCUUUGUUUGCAGUAAUUCGCGUACUAUGAUUAAUCAUGCUUCAGGAGUAGCACUUGGUUCUGAUACCACAAGCAUGAUUCGCCUAAGUAUUAUUUAUCACCGAUGCUUCAUCUCUAAUUUACAAUUUGUUCUUAUUGUCGCGUUUGUGUUAGAACUAUUGCCCACACUGUAUGGCAAACAAUCUAUACUGCAUUCGGAGAAAUUCACUAAUGAUUUGCAGUAAAAUAGUUAUAUUCAUUC